AUGUCUCUCGCCAAGAACAUCCUCCUCUUCGGAGCCACCGGAACUAUCGGCUCAUUCAUCCUUGACGCCAUUCUCCCCGUACGCGCCCAAUUCAACCGCGUCGCAAUCUUCACUUCCCCGCAUACAGCCGAAACCAAAGCCGCGCACCUGGAGAAGCUGAAGCAGCAGAAUGUCGAGGUUAUCAUCGGUAGCGUAGAAGACGAGGAAGCUAUCAAGGCCGCGUAUGAAGGAAUCGAUACCGUAAUCUCAGCCCUAGGCCGCAACACCUUAGCCCAACAAAUCCCCCUAAUCCGCCUCGCAGCCGCCAGCCCAAGCGUGAAAUGGUUCCUGCCCUCGGAGUACGGCACAGAUAUCAAAUACGGGCCCGCAUCCGCGCACGAGAAGCCGCACCAGCAGAAACUGAAGGUGCGCGCGUAUAUCGAGAAUGAGGUUUCGCGGGAUGAUCUGUCAUACUCGUAUGUUGUUACCGGUCCGUUUGCGGAGAUGUAUUUGAACCUUGUGCCUGGGCUUGAGGAGGCGGGGGGUUGGGAUGUCCGAGGCCGGAAGGCGGUUUUGCUUGGGGAGAAGGGGGAUGAGGAGAUUAGUUUGACGACUAUGAAGGAUGUCGGGACCCUCGUUUUGAAUACCCUACUCCACGCCACAGCCGAGACACGUAACUCUGCUCUGUGUGUGAACUCUUUUACGACGACUCCGGAUAAGAUCCAGGCCGAGUUUGAGCGGCAGACUGGGCAGAGGUGGGAGUCUGUUUCUCGGACUUCGCUGGCGCGACUGCGCGAAUUGGAGACGCAAGCUUGGGAGGCUGGGAAGCCGGCUGCUACUGUUUUGACGCUGCGGCGGAUCUGGACUGAGGGCGGGACGCUGUAUGCAGAGCGGGAUAAUAGGGCAAUUGGGGAGCCCCAGGUUAUGGGGUUGGAGGAGGUGGUUGCGAACGAGAUUGCGCGGGUGUCGAAGCUGUAG